CGAGAGAGAGAGAGAGAGAGAGAGAGAGACAGAGAGAGAGGGAGAGAGCGAGGGGAAGAGAGAGCGAGAGACAGAUAGCGAGAGUGUGAACUUGGGUGUGGGGGUUGUGUAUGAGCAAGAGAGUGCACGUGUGUGUGUGGGAGAGAGUGAGAGAGAGCGCGCGCCAGUACGACAGAACGGCAGCAAGAGGACAGAGGGAGUCGAGAACAACCUGUGCUCACAAUAGGUACCUCCACCUCCUACCAACGCCAGUGCCUAACACCACGACGUCUGGCCCGGACGAACCACCACCACUGUCAAGCACUCUCCAGUUGAAAUCUACCUACGCACUCGUCCCGUUGGCGGUACCACCACCUUCGCACCUGACGCCCGCCUUCUUCCGCUCCACCUCGACCGCACUGACAAUACAAUCCAUUCACCACCACUACCAACAUCGCCACCGACACCGACCUCGACUCUAGCAUCGGCUCCACCUCGACUGCCCGCCCCCUCUGCCACUUGCGACACCUCGCCCGCCGAAUGUCGAUACGCAAACGAGCUGAACAACAGGCCCCGCCCACCGAAGACUGAUAGUGGCAGCAACAGAGGCAUCCCUGGCGCGACGUGCACCUUCGAGUGCAGGCUGUUGUCGCCAUGGAGCAGCAGAAUAACAACGGCAACAACAUGAUGCUGCCGAACGGCAUGAACCCCAUGGGUAUGGGCAUGGGCGGCGGCGGCGGCAUGCAGCGCCCGCAGCCUGGCAAUCAGUCGCAGCAAAUGUACGCGAACAUUGCACAGGAACUCAAGAAGAAUAUGCACAAGUUCGUGGGCGGCUGGCAACAGUCGCAUCCUAUCGGUGACCGCGCAACUCGCAUCAUGCAGCUAGUCAGCCACCUCCGCCUAAUUAACCCGGAUAUCAAUAUCUGCAUGGGAAUUGCACAGAAAUGGGAAGUGCGCACAUUUGAAGAAUCUCAAAACAAGGAGCAGUACGUCGAGCGCAUGGAGCAGAAGCUGAACGAGAUCCGCCAGCGCCGUAGUCAGCACGCGGGUAACAUUCCUCUGGGCGUGGCUGGUGCGAUGCCAAACGGUCAGAUGCCCAACAACGGUAUGAUGCGCCAAGGGAAUAUGAUGGCUGGAUUGCCAAAUAUGGGCAACAUGUCGAACAUGCAGAAUAUGGGCAACAACAUGAACGGCAUGAAUGGUAUGAGCGGCCUGGGCUUCUCGAACAAUCCGAUGAAUGGGCAGAACGGACUAUUUCCGGCACAGCUGGCGCGCCAGAUGCAGCCAUCGCCCGUGAAUAUGCCAGGCCAGGCGGGAACACUGGACCCCUCGGCGCUCCAGAUAUCACGACAGCAAUCGCAGCAGCAGCAACAGCAACAACAACAGCAGGUCCAGCAGCAACAGCAAAACGCGAUCAACCAGGCAGGCCCGCAGCAGCAGGCGUCAAACAUGGCACAAGGUGGCCAAGCGCAAUCAGGGCCGAAUAUGCAGGCUAUGAUCACAGGGCGGGCACGACAAAUGUACGACCAGAUCUCGGAGGACCAAAAAAGAAACAUGCGCCAAAAGUUGGUUUCACAGAUGUCUGAACAGCAACUCCAGAUGAUGCAACAGAGCCGUCGCGAUCCUGUGAUGCAAUUUUGCAUCAAAAGGGCCCAGGAACAAUUUGCGAAAAUUCAGGGCCAGCGCAUUCAACAGAAUCCUGGCGUCCCAGCGAAUGGCAAUAUGAAUACGCAAAUGGGCAAUAACGCUCCGCAGCAGCGACCGCCAUCUCAAGCUGGCGGACAGAACUUUGAUGUGUCUGGUAUACUCGGCCAGCAGGCCAAUGCACUCAAGUUACAGGAUGCCGGCGAGCAGGUCGUUCCGGCCAGUAAUAACAACUCCAACAGCUUCAACAUGGGGCUUGGCAAUAAUCAGAGCAUAAAUCCACAAAUGCUGAACAACCAAGGCUCCGCCGGCGGACAGAGUAACAAUAACUCUAUCGGCCAGCAGCAAGCCACGUUUUACAAUCAGCAAAGGAACCCGCAGCAGCAAGAUCGACUGCAAAAACAGAUGUUGGCACAGCAGCAUGCCAUGCAAGCAGCUCGAAUGCAACAGGGUCCACUUACGGGACAGCCAGGCGGUUUACAUGCGCAAAAUGCUUUUAACGGUGGCGCCGCGCCUAGCCCGGCCAUGUCGAUGCUGAAUAGACCAAUGGUGCCACCAGGACAGAUCACUCCGGGCACCCCACAACCGAAUCGACAGCAACCCAUGCCUCAGACUCCAAUGAAUGGCGCCAACCAGCUCAUGCAGCAUCAUCAAAACAUGGUGAACCAGAACAACCAGUUGCACAAUCAUCAGACACAGCAGAUGAUACCGCAGAACGCAAUCCACAGUUUGCUGCAACGGGUACCGCCUGAAUAUCGUGCACGGCUCACGUCGAUGCCCCCUGAGCAGAUGCAAGCGAUGCUGGCAAGGCUCGCCAAUGCCAACAAGUUACCGAGUGGCCUAGGCCAGCCAGGUCCGAUGAAUCCACCUGGCAUGCCGAUGCAAGGUGGGCAGCAACAGUCGAACAUGCUGCAGCAGCAGAUGGGUAAUGCUAUGCCAGGCUUCAAUUCCCAGCUACCGCCGGACCACCCGAACAUGCAGAUGAACCAACCCAACACGAUGCAACGCCAGCAACCGACGCAGCAGACGCAACAAAUGGCACACAUGAGGCAACAGAUUCUGGAUUCGAAACCAUUUCCGAGGUCUGUGCUUUCCGCCCUAUCCAUUUCCGUACCGCCACAAGUGCAGAAAUGGAUUGAUCUGAAGCAGCACAUUGCACAAAACGCAUCCGUGGUACCUCCACAGACGCAGGAAAAGCUUCGGCACCUGCAGCAACAAUGGUAUCAGUCUCAUCCGCAAGAGGUCAACACUGCCAUGCACUCGCUGCUCUACCAGAAGCGGGCUCAGGAACAGGGCCAGAACAACCAACAAUCAAUGCUCGUAAACAAUAUGCAGCAACCGGGGAUGACUGGUGGUUCGCAAGCUCCGCCCGCGCAGAUGGUGCCUCCCGCACCAAUGAUGCAAGCUCCCCAGCCAAAUGCUACGCCCGGCAGUAAUCCCACCCAGCAGCAGGCCUUGCAUGCUAACAUACUACGAUCCAUCUCACCAGAGGACAUGCAGAAAUGGCGAAUGCAGGCCGGCCAGCGCGCUCAAGGACUCACAGACGACCAAGUCAGACAAGUCAUGGCGAGCUACAGGCUAGAACGGCUGCGGCAGGCGCAAAUGCAGCAGGGACAGAGGCCACCAGGUCAAAAUCCGCAGAUUCCGCGACCCCCGCAGGCAAACAUGCCCAAUGGCGCUCAGCCCCAACAGCGUAUGCCCCAGCCGGGACAGCAUCAAGCUACCGUGGGCCAAAAGCCAUCUCAACAGGCGAACGACGAUGUGAUCGAAAUCUCCAACCCAGCGAUGCAGCAGCAGGCCCCGCAAGCCCCUCCAAUGCAAGCUUCGCACUCGCAGCAGCGGAUGCCGACACAGGAGCAGAUCGCGCAAUUAACACCAGAGCAGAAGGCCGCCUGGACGCAGAAGCGGCAGCAAAUCGAGGCUCUGCGGAGAGCACAGGGUGGUGUGAACGCGACAGGCAACCCGAGCACUGGUAUGCCAGCGAAUGGCUCCGAGGCGCAGCAGAAUCUCGGCCAGAAAUUAGGCGCUAUCAUGCGCGAGAUUCAGAGCUCCACGCGCAAAGGACCCCCUGUCAAUUUGGAUGCAGAAGGACGCGAGAGAGUUCGGUCAUCACUGGCACGACUUUGGAAGCCAGUGAUGACGAUGCAACAAACUUUUCUUGCGGCCAUGACCUGGGGAAUGGAACAACAAAUCAAGGACAUUGCUCGCACCAAGAUGAUUGUCGCACAGAAUUGCAAAGAUGAGCAUGGUACGGUGAACGAGUUUUACUCGGUAACACUGCAGCAGCUGCAGGAGAUGGAGCGGACCGUGGCAACGUACAUGAACGAUUUUAAGAGCAUGCAAAUGCGUAUGCAAGCUCAGAAGGGGGCUGCAAUCAAAGACCAGCAGCCUGCGGCCCCUGCCAUGGCACCGGCCGCUUCACAACAAGGGCAUAGUCGGAAGGCAUCAAAUAUUAAAGCUCCACCGGCGCCGACGGAUGAGAAGAAGUUCGAUUGGGCCGCUCAGAGUCCUGGUGUGCCAAUGUACGCACAUGAGCAGCCUGGUCUCACCCAAGACAAGCUCAAGUUCCCGCCUCAAAAGAAGCGCAAGCCCAACCAGCCUGGUAGCCAAGUUUCGACACCUGCUGCGCAGACUGGCACUCCCGCAACUGCUGGUGCGAGCCCCGCUAUCGCCAGUGGCAAGGCACAACAAAGUCCCGAGCAGACGAGAAAGACUCAGCAGCAGCUCAAGGCUGAGGCGGAUCGCGAAGCAGAGGCGAAGAGAUUUCGAUGCAAAGACCUUGCCUGUGAAUAUUCCUUGCAUGGCUUCGAUACUGAAGCUCAGCUUGAGGACCACGACAAGGCUGAGCACCAGCCGAUUGAGGACCCUCUGGCCUUCUUCCUCGCAAAUGCCACAAUGGCACUGGACGUCGAUGAUCAGGGCAACGCCGGCCUCAAAGCGACUGUGUCUGACGCCAAAGGCACUUCUGUUGCCAUUCCUCCGACAAAGCCACGUUUCAGUGUCAAGGCUGCGUCGCCGAAGGAAGCCACCAAAGCAGGCGAAGAUGCACGCAACAAGACCACCGUGCCUACACCGAGUCAACAGAAGCCCGGCAAGAAGCAGACUGAGGCUGACGUGCAUAGCGAUAAGGUCAAAGAGAUUGAGGAGGAGGAGACGAUGCAAGCGACAAUGACAAAGAAGCUGAACCUUCCCGUCCUUCCGGUCGAGCCAAGUGUGCCUGGCGCAGAGAUGCACGAAGACGACGACGUCGACAUGUUCGACUUCGGUCUCUCCGGCGACGGUCCCGAUGGCAUGGAUCUCUUUGGCAUGGACUCGAACCAGAUGUCGUUUGAAAGCAUCGAAGAAAUGGCGCGGAUGGGCGCAGCGUGGGAGCCGGUGGAAGGCGACCUGAGCUCAUGGCGACUGUCGGACGCGCCGGAGUUGACGGACUCGUCACCUGAGCGUACGCCCAGUGAUGGGUCGCAGAGCAGCCAUGCCAGCGAUGUGAGCCAGAGUGAUACAAUGCGGUUCAUCAUCAGCUGCGAGAACGACGCGUGGGAUGCGUUUGGCACGGGAGAAUGCGGGAUUGCAGCGAGCAUGAUGCCCAUGUACACUCAGAUCAAGGACAUGAUGGGGUCGCAGGAGGGCGAUGUGAAGGAUGCGAGCAGUCCGAGAAAGAGAAAGGCAGUGGAAGAGGCAUGGGACGCGCCGGUGAGGGAUUUCCUCGAGAACGACUUUUUUGGGUCGCAUAACCAGGCGGGAAGCAACUAGUGUUGUGUUCAGUUGUUACAAAGAACGGCGACAGACGUAGGGACGAGGGUAUGCGUAUGUGGGAAUGGUGUUUGCGACAAGGGUCAUUGUUUGAGGGCAACAGCGAGAAGUGAGGACAAGAUUUGCGCACAGAGGUCGGCGGGAUGAUGCCGAGGUUAGAGUAAGCUUUGACUCUGCGAAGAUUGCGAGCAGAAGAGCGAUGGCGUUGAGGCGUGUGUGUCUCUUUUGAUGAUACCCUUUUUUACUUGGUUGGACCCACCCAUGUCAUGGGGGGGUUGUGUGAGUGAGUAGUAUAUAACAGAUAGAAGGACAGAAACACUGGCG